AUGAAUUUCUCUUCGUCAGAGCUCCACUCCUUCUGGGACAUCAAUGCCCAGCAGCCCGAUACUUUCUCGGCUCUUCCUGACGACGACUUCCUCGCUUUCCUCCAGAAGCAGUUCCCCAGUGUCGGCAGCACUAACCCGCCUCUCUCCAUCGAUAACCCCGACGGGGUCGACCCACAGAGCAUCAGCAGCUUUCCUCCUAACCUCAGCCCCCCCUCGAGCGACUCGAGUCCUAGCCCACCGAGCACCCAUAACGAGUCCAGUCUCUCACGGCGGCAAUCAGGGGUAUUUGGUAAUGGUAGCACAGAUCCUUCCGAGGACAGCUCGUUGAAGCGUAAGGCUUCCAACGAUAACGAUGAAGAACCGCAGUCUAAGACGCAACACACUUGUACGCAUCUACUUGUUUUGACUGUCAUCCCAGCCAACUCCUCUAACAGCAAAAAGACUGUGUCGUCCGCUAGUGCUCGUCGUAAGCCAGGUGCUUCUCAGGAUGAGUCUCGCCUGUUGAAACGUAAGGAGCAGAAUCGCGCAGCCCAACGUGCCUUCCGUGAGCGUAAGGAGAAGCAUGUCCGAGAUCUGGAAGACAAAGUAGCAGCGUUGGAAGCCAAGAACCAGUUGACGGAGCAGGAGAACGAGAACCUUCGCGAUCUACUCACGCGUCUACAGAGCGAGAACAUGAUGCUCAAGCAGGCGGCGUUCACCUUCACGGCUUCUCGACCCAAUAACGCAGGCAACAACCACAAUGUUUUCAAUAACAACAACAGCUCAAACGCCUUUAGCUUCUCGUCUCCGGGCGCCGGCCCCAGCAAGUCUCCGAUGCAGACGCAGUCCCCCCCGUCGCAGUACGAUCUGAACUUCAACUCCCUCAUUUCGUUUGAUCCGAGUAUGUUGAACCCUGCGGACGAGUUGCAAGACGUAAACAUGGACGACCCGUUCUCCUUCGAUCAUGAGUACAAGACCAUCGCGAGCAACCCCCUAUUUACGUCCUUCGUUGAGCCGUCGCCCGCAGACAGCCCCCCAAUCCUGAUGAAUGGCGGGCAACAGUACGUUCCGGCUCCUUUCGAGUCAACGUUCGUGGAGCAAUGGACGCCCUCCGAUUCCCAGAGUAGCGGACAAGAUGCUCUCGAGCAGUUGUUUGGAGGGAGCUUCCUCGGGAACGGUAACGGCAACUCGACUUCGGCUGACUACCAUGCGCUCUUGGCAAGUCCGCCCAGCUCGCUUUCCCCUGUAUCCCACCGCACGCCUUCACUAUCCUCGUCCUCAUCAUCACCAUCAGGCGCAGCCAACACGGGCAGUCCGUCAACAGCAGCGCACAGUCCACAGGCGGGCGCAUCGGGUACUGGCAACAAUGAGCAGUGUCCGAAGACGAAGCAGCAGCUUGAGAAAGCCAUAGCGAGCGCUGGACAGUCGAGCUUCGUUCAGACGCCGCCGUUCCUACAGAACGGAACGUCGUCAUCGCCGGCCUCUGACGAGCAGCAGGGCGACUCGUGCGACAUGCCGAUUGCUCCCUUCCUACGGAAGGCGACGGGCGGGGAUGGCGGCACGCCGUUCGUGAUGUGCAAGGGCUCAAGCUUCCCGAAGACGCAGAAGAGCGACAAGAAUAUCGAGGUGCUCACUGCUUGGCGGACGAUCACGUCUAACCCCCAGUUCAAGGACGUGGACAUCAACGAGUUGUGUACCGAGUUCACAAGCAAGGCACGCUGCGACGGCACGAAGGUCGUGCUUGAGCCUGAGGGUGUCCAUCAUAUCAUCGAGACACUCGCGGCGAGGCAGGCGGCGAACCAGACGAAGCAUUGA